GAAAGGUCGCUCGAGAUAUCGCUAUCCUGCCAUUGCUCGGGAAGAGAAUGCGACAACAUUCCCGCAUGACCAGGUUAUUUAUCACCCCCAUACCUCGGGCAGGCUGACGUGGUUAUCGGAAAGAUACCGGUAAGCGUUGGAUCGGAUACGUCAUGACGGCCAAGGCGGCAUCAAACCAACACCAACCCCUCCAGCUCCCCAUUUCCUCCCCACAUUCUCCUCUCUACCAUGACUCCGAAGACUCAAAAUGCCUUUGAUUUCGGCUUUCCGUCCGCCGUCUACGCGUGUCUCCUCACUGCGUCACAGAUCCCGGAGACAACGGAGAUCCCCAAAACGAGCACACAAUCAUGAGCUAGACCGACACCACGACGAUGACGAGGAGGACGAAGAAGAAGGCCACGAUGCACAUUCUAUCAUCACCCCCUCCAAACAUACACCAAAGGCAUUUCGGGUCCUACGGGGCUCCGUCGCUUCCGGAGGGCCAUUGCGUCCAUUUCGACUGGUAAAGCAAGACCUCACCAACCUGCGCCGUCGAUAUAUCUCCGACUGGACAGUGUUCAAUCAGUUGAUAUUCGCCAGUGCGGUCUAUGUAUUCUUUACAAACCUCCUUCCUGGGAUCACGUUUGCGAGUGAUCUUUACGUAGAGACGGGUCAGAACUGGGGAACAAUCGAGGUAGUGUUCAGUACUGGGCUGUGUGGGGUCAUCUUCUCAUUGUUCUCCAUCCAGCCAUUGACUAUCCUUGGCGUGACUGGUCCCUUCUCAGUCCUGGCCGAGAAUAUCUAUGCAUUAUGCAACGAUAUUUUCGAGGUUCCUUUUCUACCGUUCAUGGCGUGGUCUCUCAUCCACGCUGGCUGGCUUCAUUAUGUGCUAGCCAUAAUAAACGCCCAUGACUGGACCAUGCGCUACGUCACCACCUUUGCAACGGAGAUCUUCUCCCUCCUCAAUAGCAUCAUCUACUUCCACAAGGCCAUCCAGGAGCUCGAGCGAGCCCACGAAAGCCUCUCCUUUGCGGCAUUCUUGUACGCUGUCAUAGGGGCCGUGGGAACGAUGCUCCUCGCAAUCUUCCUUUCCACAGCGGAAAGCUGGCGCCCGUUGUUCCAUCGGUAUAUCCGAAUGGGCUUAACCGAGUACGCUGCGGCAAUCUCCAUUAUCAUAUUCAUCGGGCUCCCCCACGUCGGGGAGCUAGCCAACCUGGACAAGAUGACCCUUCCCGUCAGCACCUCGUUCAAACCAACUUCUCCCAGCCGCGACAAAUUUUUCAUCGAGUUCUGGCACCUUCCCGUUAGCUGGGUAUUUGCCGCCAUUAUCCCGGGAAUCAUAAUCACGAUUCUCUUCUUCUUCGACCACGAAGUUAGCUCCAUCAUCUGCACGAUCGACCGCUACGGAACCCGGAAACCAGGCGGCUUUGCGUGGGAUGUUGUCCUUCUCGGCACCACAACAGCCCUAUGCGGUAUACUGGGCAUACCACCCGCCAACGGCCUCCUUCCCCAAGCACCUUUACACUCCGAAUCCCUCAUGCAUAUCGAAAAAGAACAGCGCGUCAUCACCGUCGACGGGGAAGAAAAAGUCGAGACGUACGAAGUGAAAAGGGUCUAUGAACAACGCUGGUCAUCCUUCCUCCAUUCAGCUGCUAUUCUCUGUUUCAUCAGUCCCCCAUUCAUGAUAGUCCUGGGCCUAACCCCCACCAGCGUCUUGGCAGGACUAUUCAUGUUCAUGGGGGAGCAGAGCCUAUCCGUCAACCCCAUCCUCUAUCGAACAUUCUACCUCCUCACCCCGCCCUCCGAACUCCCCCCUCUCCCCCCCUCUCUGGCAUCAAUACAAACCACCCCCGACGACACCUCCCCACCACCCUCCCCCUCCUACAUUCCUAUCCACCUUUACACCCUCCUCCAGAUCAUCAUCACCGUAGCCAUCUUCAUCCUCACCCUCACGCGUGGCGCCCCUGCAUUUCCCGUCCUCAUUGUCGCCCUGGUCCCCUUCCGUCUCCUUGUCAUGAAGCGUUGGUGGCCGCGCGAGGUCCUCCGAUUCGUAGACGCGUGGGCAUGCAGAGAGGGCACACCCGAAGAUGACGAAGAUGCCGAGACGAAGAUCCACGAGGAGCAAACCAGCGGGGUGCUGGUCGCGCAGGAAGUGCUUUCAGAUCCCAAGGCUGCCGCCGUGGGUGAGGAUCGGAGGUCGGGCGAUUUAGGCACAGCUCGGUGUGGAGGCGACGAAACGGGGAAUGAGUGGAUCGAGCUGCGGGGCUGGGAACGGACGGAUGAGGAGUCUGGGAGGUCGGUUGAGUGAGCGAGUGUCUUUACUGGACUGGUCAUCGUUAAAUGGAUUUACGUGAGAGCGGUUGGAUAGAGUAAACGAGGUGAACGUACAUGACUACAAAAACGUCUAGCACACAUACACAUACACACAC